AUGGCGUCGUCGACGGUCGACAUCGACCAGCGAGUGCGGCAGUCACAGGCGGAGCGGCGUGAUGGGGUUCUCCUCCGUGGAGGUGACGAGCACGGCCGCGGCUGUGACGGCAGCUGCUGGUGGACAAGCGCUCGCGUCGCGUGCUUUACGCGAAGGCGCGCAAGGACGCGGUGGACUUUCUCAUCGGCCUCCUCCGCGUUCGUCUCGUUCGUCGAGGCCGACGCCGACAUCUCGCUGGAGGAGUUCGGUGACUCGCUGUGCCCGCCGAUCCCUUGCACCGGCGAACUCUUGACCCUGCCGGAUAGCAACUUCGCCGUCGUCACCGACCGGCCACUACUCUACGUGCAGGUGACGAGGCUGAGGUGUGGCGGCUUCGUGUUCAGCACCCAGAUCUGCCACAACCUCGUCGACGCGGCGGGGAUCACGCAAUUCUUGCAGGCCGUCGGUGAGCUCGUGGAAGGCGCGGACGUCCGGCCGGUGUGAGUGAGGGAGCCCCUCGACACGCGCCACCCACCGUGUCCGGCGUACGACCACCCCGAGUACGAGCCGGUGUCCGAUGAGGCCAGCGACAAGCUCCGUCCAGGCGAUGAGCUCGUGCACCGCAGGUUCCUCUCCGGCCCCGACGACGUCGCCGCGUUGCGCGACCAGCUCCCCACGCGCCUCAGCCCCGGUGCUCGCGUUUCCUUCUCCUCGAGUCCCUGGGCCCAGACCGCCGCCUACAGCCGCCGACGCCGCCCUUCCGCUUGCUCCGGCCGCGGGCCGCCGCCCGCUGCCGCUCGCCUGCCGCUUGCCACCGCUGCAGUCGCGCUCUCCCACUGA